GCUUCAAGGACCAUGGUUCAAACAAAAAGGGGAUGUUCGGUGGGAGGAUUCUAGUUUCCUCUUCUAUCCAGAGCUGUCCGCUCACUGAGGGGAACGCUGGUGUCCCGACCAGUCACACUCGCAGCCAUGACGCCUAAACACUGCUUUCUAGGCUUCCUCCUCAGCUUCCCCCUGACAGGGGUGGUAGAAACUCAGUCAGCCCAUGAGUCUCUGAAGCCUCAGCGAGUACAUUUUCAGUCCCGAAAUUUUCACAACAUUUUGCACUGGCAGCCUGGGCGGGCUUGUACCGGCAACAGCGGUAUCUAUUUUGUGCAGUAUAAAAUGUAUGGACAGAGACAAUGGAAAAAUAAAGAGGACUGUUGGGGUAUUCGAGAGUUCUUUUGUGACCUAACCGAUGAAACGUCAGAGAUAUGGGAACCUUAUUACGGGAGAGUGAGGACGACCUUGGCUGGGAUCCACUCAGGCUGGACCAUGACACAGCGGUUCACUCCCUGGUGGGAAACAAAAAUAGAUCCUCCAGUCAUGAAUAUAACCCGAGUUAAUGGAUCUUUGCUGGUGAUUCUCCAUGCUCCCAACUUACCACAUAGAGAUGAAAAAGGAAAAGAUGUAUCAGUGGAAAGUUACUAUGAGCUAGUAUACCGAGUAUUUAUAAUUAACAAUUCACUAGAAAUGGAGCAAAAGGUAUAUGAAGGCACCCACAGAGUGGUUGAAAUUGAAACUCUAACACCUCACACUGGUUACUGUGUAGUGGCUGAAAUCUAUCAGCCCAUGUUAGACAGAAGAAGUCAGAGAAGUGAAGAGAGAUGCGUGGAAAGUCCUUGAAAUGCUCUGCAUAGUGGAAUCAAAAGGUCUCUGUGAAUGGAAUGGCUCAUGUUUGAAGAAUUUCAUUGAAAGUCAUUUUUGUGUUUUCUUAACGCAGUGUUCACUGUUACACUUUGGAGUUUAAUCAUUCUUUCUUCCUCUUUAUUUUAUUUGUAAACACAUUUAAGCAAACCCCCCCCCCACACACACAAAGACAUUAGAAUUUAAAGAAGAGGCAGAGAACAAAGGGCUCCAUGAAAUACAGAACUUCAUUUCUGAUUGUAACGUCUCUAACAACAAUCCCAAUCCUUCUAAGUCAGCUAAAUAAAAAUUUAAGAACCAAGGAGAGAAGACAUUGUUUAAAAUGUUGUUGAAUUAGUAUUUUUUUUAAAUAGCAUUACAGACAGGCAAUCCUGGAGCAAUCCUUUUUUACUCUUUAUUUGACAGUUAACUUGACAUAGACAUUUCAACUUUCACAUAAACGGAAUUUUUAGAUGAAUGAGUAUUUUCCAUUGCAUUUCUAUUUUAUAUGAAUAUACUUUUUCAUACAUUCAUUUUCCAUUAUGUAAUACUCCUACUUAAUGAACCAUUACUUUCUUUCAAAUUCUAUUCUAUGUAAAUAAGAACAGUAUUUGAAAAAACAAAAAACCUCUCAUGAUCUCUGGAUUAAUAUCUACAUUAAGUUUAUCAACAAUAACAUCUAAAUACAAAAGUGUGCCCACUCAAUUCAAUUUCCCUCAUUUAACACAUACAUUAAAGUUUUCUUUUCUGCUUUUGU